UCAGUAGACCAGCAAGUGCUUCAGCUGUUGAAAUAAAAUUAAAAAAAGAAGAAAAACACAAGACUUGCUGUAAGUGUAUUUCAUUGAUAUCUGUGAAUGUCAUUUGUUCAAACUCACAAAUGGCACUGCUUAUUUACAUUGCUUUGUUAACAUGAUGGUUAUUGCAAUAAUAUUUUUAAAAAAAUUUGAUUUGAUGAUUAUCUAAUACAUUUAACAUUGAUUUUUUAACAAAUGUUAACAUUAUUUCACAUUAACAAUAGUUUAAAAGAUGUGUUAAAACUUGAGGGUGAGAAGUUAAAUAAUGAACCGCAGAGAACCGAAUGGGAGAGAAUUCUGGCUGUACAAUGACUUACUUGAACUUAAAACUAGGAGAAAUGAGACAACGAUGAAUGAACUAGACAAAAUGGCUGAAAUGGAAACACAGUUUUGCCACCAUUUGCCUUGACACAACUGAUCUAAAUACUUUCUGCGUCUUUCAGCUAUGUUAAGGACGUCAUAACGACGUGCUGAUUACGGCAUAAAAGAGAAAUUUAAAACAAAUCGAUCAGCUUUUUGGAUUGAUAAGAAUAAUACUUGAAAGAAUCAAUCAACUUACUGCAUUUCUUGACCAAUCAACUUACUGCAUUGCUUGACCAAUCAACUUACUGCAUUUCUUGACCAAUCAACUUACUGCAUUUCUUGACCAAUCAACUUACUGCAUUGCUUGACCAAUCAACUUACUGCAUUGCUUGACCAAUCAAUUUACUGCAUUGCUUGACCAAUCAACUUACUGCAUUGCAUGACCAAUCAACUUACUGCAUUGCUUGAAUUUUACUUUACGACAAUUAGCUGUAGAAAUUUAACUAAGGCUACGUUUCAGACAUCGCAGAUGCAUCUCGACAGACAUCUAACACAACGAUCUCCUGGGACUCGAUCGGCAUCGAAAUUAUAGAAGGCUAUAGAUGACAACAAAAGUCUACUUUUUUGGGGGCGUGGGGGGUGGGGUGGGGGUAAGGGGGGCUGGCCUGUUUUUAGAAUCCCCAGUUUCUUUUCCUCUAAGGUUCACUUCAAUUUAACUUGCAAAAACAUUGUUUGGCUCAAAAAAAAAAAAAAACACAAAAAAAUCCCAAAAACCCCACUGCUAUGUCCUUAACGGUCAACUUUAGUUGGGGGCGGGGGGGGUGGGGUGGGGGUAAGGGGGGCUGGCCUGUUUUUAGAAUCCCCAGUUUCUUUUCCUCUAAGGUUCACUUCAAUUUAACUUGCAAAAACAUUGUUUGGCUCAAAAAAAAAAAAAAAACACAAAAAAAUCCCAAAAACCCCACUGCUAUGUCCUUAACGGUCAACUUUAGUCUGUUCAAAGAAUUUCUGUCUUCAAUUUGGUCCAAGAAUCAAGGCCCAUACCUUGAAGAUUUUCUUUAUUCAAAACUAGCUAAAGAAAAAAAAGAGCAGAUCUUGAAUUAGGAAUCAUCUUUUCAAACUUAAAGAUCUUAUUAUUUGAUUGCCUAAUGGUGUGCACUUUCUUCCACAGGUCCAUCUCCACGUCACCAGAGCCCUAUUCACCAGACAGAAUGAAGUCGCUUAUUGUCACGUGUCUAGUCCUGCUUGACCUGACGGGCUCUAACCCCGUCACCACCGUCAACAAAUGCCCCCAGCCCACCGCUUCCAACCCAGUCCCGCCAGCGUUGCUGUACGCCCACCCGGGGGACUGCCAGUAUUUCUACACCUGCGCCUUCGGAACGGCUUAUCUGAUGCAGUGUCCAGCCGGCACAAGUUUCAGUGACGUAUACCAAACUUGUGUACACAAGUUUUCCACCUACGACACGUGUGAACGUAAGUUUCUGGACUUGAUCAGCAACAUUAUAAAAACAACAAACAACCUCUCAAUCUGUUAUAGUAAUGGUAUCAUAAAUAAAAUCAUAAAUAGAAAUGCUGCAAAAAUCUGAGUAGCCAGUUUAUUUUAUUUCCACAGAAGAAAAGGCAGCUUGUGAGAUUCUGACUCCCCACCCAAGUUUGUGCAAUCGAUUCUUUAACUCAUCGUUGACCUCCCCUGUCGAUGCCCUGCUGGGUCCGUCCGAGGAUGAGUGCCCCUAUCCACAAUAUUUUGAUGCCCAGGAGCUGCGGUGCAGACCAUUCGCGGAAGUCACGUGCGGUGACAACAGAACAGAGGUCAAGGACAGAUGUAAGUAAAUGUUUCACUGCGCAUGCGUCGUGGACUCAUUGCUAGGUGUUUUUUGGUUGAAUAUUUAAAAAAUAUAUAUAUAUAUUAAACUUAUUAUUAUUUUUUAUCAUUGUCAUUGUCAUUAUGUGAUAGAGGAGCAUUAAUGUCAAAGAAUGAUGUCAAUGUCAUACCCUUGUGUUUGUAAUAAUGACAUUAUGUCAGGGCUGUGACAACAACUCAACAUGUUUGCUAAAGGCGAUUCGAUGAACAGAAAGUAGUUAAUGUAAAGAAUGAGAACUUAAGAGCUUUUAAAUUUGUUUUAAAAAUGCUGAAUGUGAGCACGUGACCUAUUUCUUCCAGGUGGAUACGUCAAGGCUUAUUCGUGUAGUGAGGCACAUUGUGAGAAGUGUAGUUCCGUAUUUCCUUCCUGUGUGGGACUGGCGGAUGGAUUGCACGUAAGUAGUGAGGCAAAAAUAAAUCUAAAACUUCAUGUCUCUCUCCCUCCACCCCCCUUCUCUCUCUAUCUCUCUCACUCUCUCUCUCUCUCUCUCUCGCCCUCUUUCUUACUGUCUUCCUUUGACCCUUCUCUGUCCCUUUGUCUCACUCAUUUUUUGGAUUGAUAAGAAUAAUACUUGAUUCAUUCUUUGUCUCACUCACAGCUUUCCUUCUUUACGCGCUCUCUCUCUCCCUCUCUCUCUCUAUCAUGUUAUUCCUCUGUCCCCCUUUCUUUAUCUCUUUUCGCUGUCUCAGGUUGUUGUCUCUCUAUCUUUCUCUCCGUGUCUGUCUCUGUAAUGGUUCACCCCCACCCCACCCCAAACUCCCCAUAUCUGAACGCAUUCCCUUUUAACAAUAUUAUUUCAUCUCUUCUUCUGUUAACAAAAUAUGUUGACAUUUGUGUAAACUAACACGCAUUCAACACUAACGCCACGCCCACCUUUUUUGUCUUUUUAAAAUCUAAUCAACGCAAUCAGCUUGAACAAAGAUACACAUGGAGACCCUUCAUGAAAUAAGCGUAUUUUCAAGGUAUCAAUAGAACUCUGUAUGGUUUAUUUAGUAAUGUGAUUUAUAUCAAAUGUGACAAAUAUCUUGAAUGACCCACAAUUUCACAAAUAAAUACAUGUAUGAAAUCGUUCCCCUCUCUCAGCCGAACCCAGAUAAACUGUGGACCCCCUUGUACGUGAGCUGUGCCGCAGAACGGCAGGAGAGUUUGACUUGCGGCACACCUGUUGUCGGCACCUUGGCCUUUUUCUCACCCGUCAAAAACCAAUGCGUCUCACGGUAUGAGGUCCCGGCCAAUUACGGCGGUUUACUUCCCAAGUGUGGCGCCAAGGCCCCGGGUCGGUAUGUGGUGACCCUCCAACCAAGGGUUUAUUACACGUGCCCGGAUGUUGAGGUCUUCUACUGCCCGGCUGGCCAGGUUUUCAAUGAGGUUAGCCAGCAGUGCGAGCCCAUCGCGAGCUAAACGACGUCUAACCGGAAGUCUGCCCGUUGCCCAAUAGGCUUUGUGUUCUUGUUAUUUUUUGGAACAAAAUUUGACGCAACGCGUCUUCAUGUUAUUUACUUUUCUUUUAUAUUAAGUUUUAAAUAAGUGCAAUAAUGGCGAUGGUGAUUGAUAGUAAUGUGCCUGUUAUGAUGAUGCUUGUGUACUUGUAAAAAAAAACCAGCAACAUAUUUGGAAUUUGUGUAAAUAGUUCUGUCAUUGUCGCUCUCUUUGUGGUCUUAAAAAUAAACUCUAAAUCAAUAUGUGAUAUCAAAUUGUCAAUGUUAAGCCAUAUGUCUCUCAAUAUGUGAUAUCAAAUUGUCCAUGUUAAGCCAUAGGUCAAUCUAUAUGUGAUAUCAAAUUAACAAAUUUUGCUACAUUAAGUUUUAUAUCUUGCUAUCAAAUCAUUACAACUUUGAUGUCUUGCUAUUUAAAUAAAAG